AUGGCUUCGGACCACGAAUCUCGAAGUGGCGCUGAAUCCGCGACCGAGAAGAACUCGGCCACAACAGGUACCAUCACCUCCAACAACGGCGAGAACCAUUUGAAACGCCACCUCGGCAAUCGGCAGAUCCAGCUUAUGGCCAUGGGCGCUAGUAUUGGCACCUCCCUCUUUGUCGGCAUCGGAACGGGCUUGACAGCCGGCGGUCCUGGAAGCUUGCUCCUUGCCUUUGCCGUGUACUCUUGCAUCCUGGCGCCCAUCAACAACUGCGCCGCCGAGAUGAUCGUGUACAUGCCGGUUCCCGGAUCGUUCAUGCGCAUGGCGGGCAAAUGGGUCGAUCCAGCUCUGGGAUUCAUGGCCGGAUGGAACUUCUUCCUCUACGAGAGCAUCCUGAUUCCCUUCGAAGUGUCGGCCCUGAGUGCCGUGCUGACGACCUGGAACGAGAAUAUUCCCGUAUGGGCGCCAUGCCUUGUCUGCAUGGUUGCCUGGGGUUUUCUCAACCUCGUCGCCGUGGAGCACUUUGGAAAUGCCGAGUUUGUCCUCUCAGGGUUUAAAAUCCUCCUCAUUCUGGUUGUUUUCGUAUUUACCUUUGUUGUCAUGGUCGGCGGCAACCCCAAACACGACGCAUUCGGUUUUCGCUAUUGGGAUGACCCCGGUGCUUUCGCGCCACAUAUUACCGAGGGCACCUUGGGCCAAUUCUACGGGUUUAUUCACUGCCUCCGCCUGGCCAGUCUUACUAUCGUGGGAUCCGAGUACAUUUCUAUCCUCGCGCCUGAAGCUGAGAGGCCGCGCACAUACCUGAAGACGGCCUUUAAGACCAUCUACUGGCGUUUCCUACUGUUAUUCAUGGGCUGCGCCCUCUCAAUCGGCAUCCUCAUCCCCUGGAAUGACGCAAUUAUGAACUCAUCCGCCGCGUCCCCUUUCGUACUCGCCAUGAACAACCUCAAGAUUGACGUACUGCCGCAUUUGAUCAACGCUCUCAUGGCCGCCGCCAUUUUCUCCGCCGGUAAUGGAUACGUGUUCUGCUCCAGCCGCUCCCUGCACUGCCUGGCGCUCGAGGGCCACGCGCCCAAAUUCUUGUCCAAGUGCAACAAGCAGGGCAUCCCUUACUAUGCAUUUGGCGUCACCAUGCUCUUCCCUAUGCUCUCCCUGCUGCAGGUCGUCAAGUCGCAGAACGCGGGCAAACUGGUCGUGAUGCUUGGAGACGUCACCGCCACGGCCCAGCUCAUCAACUACUUUGUUAUGAGCACCACAUACAUCUGCUUCUACCGCGCUAUGAAGAGGCAAGGCAUCGAUCGUAGCACACUGCCAUACGUGGGUUGGAUGCAGCCGUUCUGUGGGUAUGUUGGAGCUGUGAGCAUGGUGCUUAUUGCUAUCAUGUACGGAUACACCCUGUUCAUCCCUGGUCAGUUCCGAGUAAUGGAUUUCUUCAUUUGCUAUACUGUGCCCAUUCUGGGCGUUCUGAUUUUCACCGCGUACAAGUUCAAGAUUAAGAGAACCCAUAUGGUUUCUGCCGACGAGGCGGAUCUGGUGUGGGAGAAGCCCGCCAUCGACGCGUAUGAAGACUCCCUCGUGACUCCGCCAUCGAGGCUUGCGGAUGAGUUGAUGGCGUUAGUGGGGAGAAGGAUGCGGAGGAACUCGAGCGUGGAGCACAUCUUCGUGUGGUAUGAUCGGAAGUAUCCUCAAGGCGGAUGGUAG